AUGUCUUACCACAACAGAUCGUCUUCCGACAUGGAAGUAGAAUCCGGGUAUGCCAGUGGCAGUUCGACCGCUUCGCUGCCAGAAGUGUACUUCUCGCGGCCACAUUUGAAGUUCAUCAACUCCCAACUCUCGAAGCUGGAACCGCCCGAGGUCCUCAAAUGGUGUAUCGCAUCUCUGCCGCGCCUCUUUCAGACCUCCGCCUUCGGCCUCACAGGUCUCGCCAUCAUGGAUAUGAUCUCCAAGCUUGAUACACCUCUUCGCACUGACAUUGAGCUCAUCUUCCUCGACACUUUGUAUCACUUCCCUCAAACCCUCGACCUCGUUCAGCGAGCCAACCAGAAGUACUCGGGCAUGAAGGUGCACACAUACAAGCCACAAGGCUGUGAGACGACCGCCGACUUCGAGGCUAAGUUCGGAGAGAAGCUGUGGGAGGUCGAUGAGGAGAGAUACGACUACGUCGCCAAGGUUGAGCCAGCUCAGCGCGCCUAUCGAGAACUCGAUGUGAAGGCCAUUAUUACCGGUCGACGACGGACCCAAGGCGGAAAGCGAGGUGAUAUCGAUAUUGUCGAGAUCGAUGAUGCGGGCCUCAUCAAAGUGAAUCCUCUCGCAAACUGGUCGUUCAAGGAGGUUCAGUCGUACAUUCAGGCCAACGACGUGCCAACCAAUGAUCUGCUUGACCAAGGCUACCGAUCAAUCGGCGACUGGCACUCCACUCAGCCUGUGACUGACAGCGAGGAUGAGCGCGCCGGCCGCUGGAAAGGACGCCAGAAGACCGAGUGCGGUAUCCACAACAAGCGAAGUCGAUAUGCCCAGUACCUCGCAGAGCAAGAAGCCAAGCGCCAGCAAGAACUGAGCGACGCAAUAAACCAGGGCUUGAAGAUCGGGGCGGCCGAAUAA